AUGCCGGGCAGGGCCUCUGUCCGUGCCCAGCGGGUGCUGCACUGGAGCUGCCCCCGCGCUGCGCUGUGCAAGGUCCACUCGGACUGCCGCCUGCGCGCACAUCCCUGUCCCAGGACCCUGCCGCCGGCCUCUCUCCAGCAGAGUCCCUUCGUGGAGCUUCCUGCCGCGGGCCGGCACAGCGAAGCCUGUACCCGGAUGUCCCCGCUGGCCCUGCAGGAGCUGAUGCAGGCGGCAGAGGAGCCCCUUCCGUGCGCCCGGUGCGGAAAGCGCUUGAGCCCCAACGAGCAGCAGCGGAUGGACGAGGGCCCCCGGAUGUGUCCUAGGUGCGACCAGGCCUUGGGUCCUCUCCCCGAGCCCGGCCGCCCGGUUCAGCAGCUGUACGCCAGCGUCGAGUGCGGCAAGGCCUUCACGUGCACCUCAAGACUGCUGCAGCCCGAGGGCAUCCACACGGGUGAGCGGCCCUAUGUAACCGACUGCGGCCAGGCCUUAGUGCGCUGCUCCGGCCUCCAGGGCCACCAGAAGACGCACUCGGCCGAGCACCGCAACUGCGCCACGGCCCUGGCUCCGCGAGCCUUCCGGCCGAGGUGCUCGCCGCGCGGGGAGAAGGCCCAUGAGUGCGCCGAGCGUACCAAGGCAUUCGGCCUGCUCUCGCACCUGGCGGAGCACGGCGAGAAGCCCUACGCCUGCUCAGAGUGCAGCAAAGCUUUCAACCAGCGCUCGAACCUGAGCCGGCACUGGCGCACGCACAGCAGCGCCAGGCCCUACGCGUGCCGGCUGUGCGACACCUUCAAGGGCCGCUCCGGCCUGGUGCAGCACCGGCUUGCACACACCGGUGAGCAGACCUACGGCUGUCCCAAGUGCGGGAAGACCUUCCGGGGCUGCUCCGAGCUGCACCAGCACGAGCGCCUGCACUCGGGGGAGAAGCCCUGCAUCUGCGCGGACUGCGGCCAGGCCUUCGUGCGCAACUGCAGCCUCCCGCGCCCAGCGCGCGCACACACCGGCGAGCAGCCCUACGCGUGCGGCCGCUGCGGCCGCGCCUUCAGCCAGCGAUCCAACCUCCACGAGCACCAGCAGCGGCCCGCGGGCGGCGCCUUAAACCUCGCCUCGCGCACACGGCGUCCACAGGCGUCCCCCACCUGA